CCUUCUUGAUCGGUUAGACGGAAAAUAUUAGCCGUGCCGAUGCGUUUACAAUAUUUUUUUACUUACUACUAAUAAUACAAUCAACCUCAAGAACAUCUCCUGCUUUCGAGAACUUGUGAUAAUUUCAUGUAACUUUACUGAAGUAUUCUCGAGGAAACUGAAAAAUAGCCUGUGAUCGGAAGUCAGUAAAUUCCAGGUAAUCACACCACUCGUUUGAAUAAUGUCUAACGAAGAGAGAUUGCAUUCGCUGUUAGCAGACUUGGGAAAAGCCACACUGAGAGGUGUCCGUAAGUGUCCAAAAUGUGGAACUUAUAAUGGGUCCCGUGGACUAAGUUGUAAAAACAAAUACUGUGAUGCGGUAUUUAAAGAACCAGGAGAAAAACGUAAACUAUCUACAGAAGCAUGUAAACUCAUCACUGGCUCGACAGCUCAAGUAUUUUCUGUCAGAGUACGAGAUAGAGGCCCUGAUUAUAGAGGGUUUGUACAGCUCCCAUUAAUAAAUGCAACUACUGUUGAUGAAAAUGCAGCUUUGAUUGCCCAAACUGCAGCUUUAUGUUUCGUAGACACGUGCGAGAGAAGCUUCAACACAAGUGUCCUGAAGUGUCAUGAAAAGAAAUCAUUUGAAUUGUCUUAUCCAACUUGUCAGCACAUCCAAGCUGCGUUACGUUGUUACGCAGAAGCGCAACCGUUGACCCUACGCAAUUCGAUAUUAUCUUCUUUGAACGUCAACAAUGAAAUGAAACAAGAGAUAUGGCUCCUGGCAACGGAGACUUCCGGGCCCUUGGUGCAACGGGUAUCAAAAAAUAUUAUGGCUGUGAAGUGCAAAGCUUCGCCAAAGCACCCGUUAGGAUACUUGCACUUCUCAUUUUUUGUCACCAAAUUGAAGGACCGGGUCGAGCACAAAUACUUGUGUAGUUGUACAGCCUUCAAGGCUACAGCAAAGUAUGGAGAUAAAAUGGAUAUACCUCUAUCACAAAUAAAACGCUGCGUUCAUUUCUAUGCCUGCAUUUGUGCGUUUGCUAGUGAUCCAAAACUAACGGAAGAAUUCGAAUACUAUGUUAACUUAGAUCAAGCUGAUCUCAACAUUCAGAAAUCUAUAAGCACAGAGUUCCAAAUCAACGAAGCAGAUAAAAUCGUAGGAAUGGAUUUGGCGAAUUUUACCGCGGAUGAAACUGACGCACAGCUUUUGAUAUUUCGCGAUGACACAAUAGAUUUGGAUGUAGCAAUUAUGCCUCAUAACAUCGUCGGGAAUAUGGACGCUGAAUGUGAUCAUACCCUGUUGGACGAUGCCAACAUUAUCUCACAGGUACACAAUUUGGAGGUAAUAGAUCAAAACACAAUGCUCAAUGUAGACGCUGUGAAAAUUCUUGAUAAUCAGUCCUUGAUCGAUACAAAGUACAAUGUGAUAAAUGAAAGCCACUAUUUGCUGGAUAACAAUAAUGUGAAAAUUCUUGACGGUGGUAGUGUAAAAAUACUUGACGCUAAUGCUGUACUGGAUCAAGACACAGUGAAACUUAUGAAUGAUAACCCAAUAAUAGAUGACAACACUGUACAACUUAUCAAUGGCAAUACUGUAAUACAAUGCGGCUGUGGAGAACCAGUGACUGUCGAUAACAUCGAUGGCUUGCAAAUCAGUGGGAAAAGGAAAAGGGAUGAGCGAUUACCAAACCUCUGUUCCACGAGUUUGAAUAAUUUAAAUUCUAUAGAGCCAAGAAAACCGAGAGCUAAACCAACGAUGAUAAAGAAAUAUCAAAAUUCUUCAGAGAAUUUAGACGAGAGCAAUACUAGCCUGUCGUUCGUUAGGUGGUUGGCUUCGAUAACCGAGAGGAUAAAUCAAACGAUGCAUUUUCAGUUCAAUGGUAAACCAGACCCUCUAGUUUUUCAUGUGCCACAAAUCUUCUUUGACUGUCUUCGAGAGCGAAUAUCUUGCGGUGGUAAGAAAAAAAGAUUACCCAAUUCGACGACAGCCUUUGUAAGAAAAGACGGCGUCCCUCUGGGCACAUUUACCAAAUACACAUGGCACAUCACAAACAUUCUACACGUAAAAAGUAUUUUUGAAACUCCCAUAAUACCCUUGGAAAUUACGAGGAGUUUUGUACAGAAUGCAGAUGGGACUUACGAAUUGUAUAAAAGAGAAGAAACGGAAAUGGAUAAAUUUCGAAAAACUAAUAAUAGACCUUUGAUCAAACCAUUGGAACUGAAAACUUAUCUUAAAGUGGGUAACACUUCGCCAAAUCAAAUCGAACCUACACCGUUCCUAAUCGAAUGGAUACCAGAUAUAUUACCGAUAUCAAAAAUCGGAGAACUUAGAAUUCGAUUUGAGUAUGGCCACGUUAAGAACGAGUUGACCCAACGACGAAGGAAAAUAGCGUUGUCGAAAAAUUAUUGAAAUCGCAGUUGCUUUUGAAUUUUUCUGGAAAAAUGUGUUCGCCCUUAAACAAAAUGGCUUUGAUAAUAAUUAACUGACAUCAUUUCGAAAAUUUGACUUGUUAUCAUUAUUGGUGGGAAAGAAAAUUCAAUUACCUGUUAUAACGCGCUAGAGGUAAAUGAAUAAUUGCCUGUUAUUGACCUCUAAAGCACUUUGCAAAAACUAUAUCGUGGGUUUCUAGGAUAUUGUCUAUCAUUUUAGAGAACUAAUUUCCUAAAGCUAGUGAUGUACAACAGGCGUAUCUACGCAUGCAUGUAAUGAUAACUUCGAUUUCUAUGAUCUUCACAGAUAAGUGAGUGAAUGUUCAUCUGAUCAUUCGGACCUAUGUAUUCCAUUUCAGAGUGCUCAUCGAUUAUGUUUGUAUUCUUAAAUCCAAAUGGCGAUACAGUUAUUUGAGUAACUACACUUUUAUCAUGUAUAGUCUACCCUAGUAUGUAGUAUUUAUGAUGUAAAUACUUUUGACAAAUGAAUCUCUAUCAAUUUUGUGUAC